ACUUAUUAAAUAAAAUCUGUGAAAUUGCCUCCUCACCUGCUAGAGAUAUGUCAAAUAUUAAAGACUUGUUAGAAGAUGAAGAAUUAGUUAAUAGAUUAGUCUUUCAAGUAGAGCAAGGAGGUUAUUAUAAAUACUCAGUUGUAGAUAAUAUUUCAGAAGUAUAUAGUUUAUCUGAAAUACAUGAAUAUAAUGGAUGGGAUGAACUCAAUUAUGCAAAAGUACAACCACCUAAUAGUGCAGAAUUUGAAGUAAAACCUCACAUACUUAGUGCAAAAAAAAUAAAUAAUCAAAAGAAAAUAAUAGUAGGACAAGAUUCAUUAAAAAAAUAUGUGAAUCAAGUUUUGCAGAAAUAUUCUGAUUAUCUUAGAAGCUAA